GUCAAUUAGCAUCGUUAAAUAAAUUUUUUCAAAAACGUAAUCUUUAUUUUCAUGAUAUUGUUCCUAUGAUUGAUGCUACGAUUACAAAUAUUCAAAAGGAUUAUAUUAUGGAUACAAAUCUAAGCUAUCAUCUUCAAAUGUUUAUUGAUCAUACGAAUCCAUUUAAUGAAAAUCAAUCCGAAGUAACUUAUUAUACACAUAUACUUGCAUAUAAUAGCUGUGAUUACGAUGAUUUACUACAAGAUGUUUAUGAAUAUGCAAAUAUAGUAACUACUAAAAUUAAAGAUCGUUUUCCGGAUCGUCUAUUACUUGCAGCAAUGAAAAUUUCAAAUCCAGUAGAGUGGUCAUGCAAAAAAGAGGAAUUAUUAGAAUUUGGUUAUACUGAAUUGCAAACUUUAUUAAAUCAUUUUGGAAUAUCAAAAACUAUCAAUGGACAAAAAUUCUUACCGUUAAUAGAUAUGGAUUCUUGUAUUAUAGAGUGGUCUGGGUUUAAAAAUGUUAUUUUUUCAAACUUUUUAACCUUUUCUUCACAGGAAUUACUUCCUCUUUUAAUUCGUGACUAUUCGGAUCUUUGUCCUAACAUUAUUAAACUAGUUCACAUUUCCAAUAGUAUUCCUUUUUCAAGUGUUGAUUGUGAACAGGGUAAAGAAAGUAAAGAAAUGAAUUGGGAUAAAAUAUUUUAUGAAUGGAAUAAUAUAAAGAAUAG